GAAACUACCAUAUGGAGUUCAAGAACGUCCCUAAUCUUAAGCUGAAAGGGAAGCAUUUUGAUGCCACCCAUCUUGGCAAUAUGGCCAAAAGUGGAUUGGAAAAUUCUGAUAUUUAUGGAACAACUUAUUACACAAGCCAGAACUAUUUAACCCGACAGAGGGGAUAUAAUCAUUCAAUGGCAAAUUCAAAUAUUGAUAACCAGAUGUACUCCACUUCGUAUUCCAGUGUUCGAAGGAGAAAGCAAUCAAGAUCAAAAGCAGCUGGAUCUAUGAAGUCUCAUUAUGCUUCAAUGACUGAAGUAUUGACUAACAUAAGGCCUUCACAUUAUUUCAUUUCGCUGCCUAGGCAUAGUGUGUCAUAUAUAAAAACUGAAUUGCCUCAAAGUGAUAGUAUUUUGGCCAAGAACAAAAAUCCCCAGAGCCCAUCAAAAGAGCAAGUUCAGAAGCUUAAGGAAUACAUUAACUGAAAUUCUCAGAUACAAGGCUGGAACGGUCAACCAGGAAUUGGUCUUCCUUCUUCAAGAAGAAAAGAGUCAGAUACAAUGCGUAAAACCUUAAGGAACUUUCAGUCUCUUAGAAGGUCUAUCUUUGAUAACCAGAAGAAGACAAAUCACGCCAAUAAUAGAUGGAGGGAUAGUCUUGGAAAAGUUAUCAAUUCUAUGACCGGAGAGAACAAGAUUAACACCAAGAGUCAGAGAACCAAGCCUUACUAUACUUUCGAGAGGAAGCAUAAAUAAGGACUUGAAGAAAAUGAUGUCGACUGAUAUGCACUGGAAGAGGAAGAAAAAGCAUAAUACAUCGAGUGUAGACACUUUUCAGAGAAUCCAGAAGGUGAGAACAGAUAGGUCCAAACCGCUGACUCUAAGAGACAAUAAGUUCUGUUUCAAGAAAUGAGAACUAUCCCACGCACAGCCUAGGAAGGACAGGAUUAUCAUCUAACUCACACUACCAAUCCAUGUUGGAACAUUCCAAGAACAGGGGCUUCAUAUUUAAAAUUAUUCCAACUGAAAGCAAGGCUAAUGUU